CAGCUAAUGCACCCCCCAACACUUCCGGGCUCAGAGCGCGAUAUCGACGGACAAAUUAAGAGCUGAUGGAUGAAUUAAUGUAGAAGGCGGUCACAUACAGAGCCUGAAAACAGUGAGUUUGUAAGUCGGCUCGCCGCUGCCGUGAACUGGAUAAACAGACAGGCGAGAGCGGAGACAUUCACCGGGGUGGACCUGUGGGCAGUGUAUUACUGCAGUACGUAAAAGCAAGAGGGAAGAAAGAGAAGGGGACAGAAGAAAAGAGGGACUGACUGCAACAGCAAGAGUAAGAACUUUUUCUCACAACUCGUCGUCCUCCUCACUCUUCUCACUGCUGUCCACCGUCAUCACAGCUUCAAAAUGAAGCUGAAGGAGGACCUGAACCCCAUGCUGCUGCUCCUCUUCCACCUCAUGGUAUGGAUCUACACCUUCAUCACCUUCCUGCCUUACUACCUCUUCAGCUGGGUCUCAGAGCCCGUCGGGGGCUUCUGCGGCACAGAGGAGGAGCGAGCCAAGAGAGCCAAGAGUAUCUCUGUGCUGGGAUGUCCCGAGGGACCCUACAGAGCAGUGAGUGCCACCAAGAGGCUGGUGACGUCGAUGCACCCGGGAGUGGACACCCUGGAUAAGUUGUUUGAAUAUGCGGCCAUGAGGUCCCCCCACAGCAAAUGUCUUGGGACGAGGGAGGUGAUCAGUGAGGAGGACGAGCAUCAGAGCAAUGGGAAGGUGUUUAAAAAGGUAGUUCUGGGUGAGUACUGUUGGCGCUCCUAUAAGGAGGUCCACACAGCAGCGUACCAGCUGAGCAGUGGUUUGGCAGCACUGGAACAGCAGCCGAAAAACAACAUCGCCAUCUUCUGUGAGACACGAGCCGAGUGGUUCAUAGCUGCCCAGGCCUGCUUCAUGAACAACUUCACACUGGUAACCCUUUACUCUACACUGGGAGGUCCAGCCAUCGCUCAUGGGCUGAACGAGACUCAGGUGACCCACGUUAUCACCAGCAGAGAGCUCCUGGAGACCAAACUCAAGGCUAUCCUAAGUGAAGUUCCAAGGCUGCAGCAUAUCAUUGUAGUGGAUGACACACCAACCUCAUGGCCCGGCUAUCCGCAUGGCAUCACUGUCCACAACAUGGCUGCUGUGCAGAAACUGGGGGCCAAGCCUGAGAAUGCCACACGUGAGCGUGCACAGCCGCUGCCUUCAGACAUUGCAGUCAUCAUGUAUACAAGCGGAUCCACGGGCAUACCAAAGGGCGUCAUGAUCUCCCAUAGCAACAUGAUUGCUGGCAUCACAGGAAUGGCUGAGCGACUGUCUUAUCUGAAUGAGACGGACACGUACAUUGCCUACCUGCCUCUUGCCCAUGUACUGGAGCUCACUGCAGAGCACAUAGUUGUAUCUCUCGGCUUUAAGAUCGGUUACUCCUCACCUCAGACUCUUGUCGACCAGUCAACCAAAAUCAAGACAGGAAGCAAGGGAGACACCAGCGUCCUGCAGCCCACUGUGAUGGCAGCUGUUCCGGAGAUCAUGGAUCGUAUCUAUAAGAAUGUGAUCACCAAGGUUGAAGAGAUGAAUUGCGUCCAGCGAACUCUCUUCAUUCUGGCAUACAACUACAAGCUGAAGCAGCUUGCCAAAGGAUAUAGCACACCUCUAUGUGACAAGCUGGUGUUCAGGAAAAUUCGCUCUCUGCUGGGAGGUCAGCUGCGAGUCUUGUUAUCAGGAGGAGCGCCACUCUCUGCAUCUACACAGCAGUUCAUGAAUGUGUGUUUCUGCUGCCCAGUGGGUCAGGGUUAUGGCCUGACAGAGACUUGUGGAACUGGGACCCUCUGCGAGCAGUGGGAUUACAGCACUGGGAGAGUGGGAGGGCCGCUGGUUUGCUGUGAGAUAAAGCUCAGAGACUGGGUGGAGGGUGGUUACCGUAGCAAGGACAAACCACAUCCUCGAGGAGAGAUUCUUAUUGGUGGAUCAAAUAUAUCCAUGGGAUACUUCAAGAACGAGGCUAAAAGCCAAGAAGACUUCUUUGUAGAUGAGAACAGCCAGCGGUGGUUCUGCACAGGAGACAUCGGAGAGUUUCACAAAGAUGGGUGCCUCAAAAUAAUUGAUCGUAAGAAAGACCUGGUGAAGCUGCAGGCAGGAGAGUACGUCUCUUUGGGAAAGGUGGAGGCCAUGUUGAAGAACUGCCCUCUGGUCGACAACAUCUGUGCCUAUGCCAACAGUGAAGAAACAUAUGUGAUUGGCUUUGUGGUGCCCAAUCAGAAGCAUUUGCUGGCUCUGGCUGACCAGUACAGUAUUCGAGGCUCGUUUGAGGAGCUGUGCAACAGCAAGGCCAUGGAAGAGCUGGUCCUCAAGGUCAUCACUGGAGCUGCACUGGCAGCCCAGCUUGAGCGUUUUGAGAUUCCUCGCAAGAUCCGUCUGAGCCCAGACCCUUGGACUCCUGAGACAGGAUUAGUGACUGACGCCUUCAAGCUCAAACGCAGGGAGCUGAAAACACAUUACCAGGAUGACAUUGAGAGAAUGUAUGGUGGGAAAUAAGAGCAUGGACCAGCACGUCAUUAUUCAUUCUCAAAGCACAGACCAACACUCCCAGUGACCUCUCACCCCUCCCCUCUAUUUUCUACUCCAUCAAUGAACUAGUCACAGUAACCUCUAUCUGUGGUAUAUCUUAAUGUUCCUAAGAUCUAAAAGAAAGAAGGAUAAGAGUAGGAUGUUGCAGUUUUCCCCUUUACUGUGCACAUUUGAACCUUUUCCACUGCAGAAGCAGUUUUUACUGGAAUUUGUAACUAAAGACAGGCUGAAAAAAGAAGAAAGUUUCUCUGUCCACCGCUGCCUUUUCCCUUUUUUUGUCCAGGUGCGUGACCUCCUUGUGGAGGUCUUAUUGUUCCAGAUGUGAGUUAUGAAACAGAUCAUGUGCUGUUGUGAUGUUGUCUGUUGAACUCUUGCUUGAGUGCCACAUCAGAAGCUCAGGUCAGUUGGACAGGUUUAUUGCCUUGUUGCUUUGUGCUCACCCACAAGACACUCAUUUGUUUAUGUAGUUCUCAAAAUCUGUCCUAUAGUUUAUUUUUAUUCUUUUCCGAUUUGUUUUUUCUUAAAGAUUUCACAUUCUUUCUCUCAGUCUCAAUACUUUUAUUUAAAAAAUAGCCUUUUCUGCAGGUCAGGAUACGGUUAACUCUUUUGUUUCUUUUCUUUUCUUUUUUUUAAACAUGUUUUGAGUUUUGUCAGAGGUUUAUUUUGUCUGUCACCCACAGUCAGACUUUGACUCCCAUGCUUGUGGGACGUCUCUCCCAUCAGCACAUCUUGAUACCAAAAGCACAAAGUCAUUUGAGGGCAAUUUAGAGCAGGCUGGUCAAUAGGCCGUAUCAGGUCUAAUGAUUUUUAUUUUUUCAUAAUUAUCAAUGAAGCUGUUGCUGUUUUUUAGGAAAAUGAAAUUGCACCUAAUAGACUUAUUUAAAAAGAAAAGAAACAGAGAUGCACCGUUGUUUAGUCUACUGAGUUUUCCUAUAAUAAUAGAAUCUACUUUUCUAUGUGCUGUACAGACCUAAGUGCACACAAAAAAUGCACAUUUAGUUGCUUGUAUUACAGAUGAAAUUACUGUGUAAUCACUGUCAUGUUUGAUAAAUCAUAGUGCAAUAUGAAAAUGUAUCAUUUCUGUCCAAGUAAGGCAGUUGAUUACAGAUAGGAUUUAAAUAGAAACUGCUCAGCGUGCAUGGGUGCACUAGCUGAAAAAUUAGCACACUUUACAAGUGCAACUGCUGUGUGUAUGGCUGACAUUUAUUUUGCAGAACUAUCAUUUCCAGUUUAAAGCUUUGUCACAUCUUUUUGGUCAUCUGCAUGAUUAUGACAGAGUGUGGCACUGAUUUUGUCCACACACUGCACAACCAUGGCUCCAGCAUUACUCACACUGUGACACCUGUUGCCUUUUCUUGUGAUUCUGAGUCACAUCUCUCUAAUUCUCUCUAACUGAUCUUUAAUUUAACAUCCCUCUUUAAGUGUACACACAGUACACUCUGUGUACGUGGAGCUGUGAUCAGCAGAGGAAGCACAUGUCCAGUCUUCAUUUUAAUUUAUAUUUUAUAAUCAUGGACCGGUUUUGAAGCCUCACUCCCUCUCUGUAUCGGAGCCUGCCUUGUAACAUAACUGCAUCCAAAUAUUUAUUUGUAAUUUGCUUUUGGAAAAUACUCAAAUGAAGUAAAUAAAGAUUGUGUUUGGUCUACAUGAA